AUGGCUUGUUUGGUAGACUGCAUUGGGUGGUGGUGCAACGUCCUGCUCGAGCUCGUGCCGCCGCCGGCCGUCUCCACCGCCUUCAUCGACCGCGCUCUGCUCCCCGCCGCUGCCGCCUGGGACACGGCGUCGUGCCGCGUCGAGGGCGCCGACGCGUCGGGACACCUCCUCCUCGCCUUCCCCUCGCCGCGGGCGCCCGGGGAGUCGAACCUGCUCGUGUGCCGCCCCGUCCCCAGCAGCAGCGGCGGCGCCGGCAAGGCCAAGGGCAAGUGGCACUUCCUGCCCGCGUUCCCGGAGGAUGUGCUCGGCCUCUCCAUCUCCCCGGCCGCUCCCACGGGCAUCAUCGCGGACCACGGGGCGAACACCGGCGACGCCUAUUUCGUCGCCCAGGUGCAGAGCGCGCCAUCCUCCACACCGGUCGUCGCGGUCGCGCUCUGCUUCUCCAGCGACGACAGCAAGUGGACCGUCAGGGAGGUGGCCGGCGACGACCGCUGGAGAGACUUCCACGCAAACUCCAUGGUCUCGCACGACCGCGGCGUCCACAGCGACGGCCUGCUCGUCUUCGUCGACAUGAACCACGGUCUACUGCUCUUCCAUCCGUGGGCGAUCGCGUCGCGCUUCGUCCAGUUUCCCGAUCCUCCCGAGGGCGGCGGCGGAGGAGAGACCGAGGAGGAAGCUGACGCCUCGGUCGACUCCAGCGAAGGCAAGAUCAUCUACGUCGUCAUGACCGGGAUGGUCUUCGCCGUGCGCUGUCCCGCCGAUGGUACACCCAAGAGGAGCUGGAUGGAGACCGUGAACAGCGCAGUGCAGGACGGAAAACAGGUGGGAAUGAUUGCGCUGAGCGCGGUACAAAAGGGAAGGAAGUACGCCGACAAACUGCCCGGCGCGGUGCAAAAAGUCAACGUCUCCAACGGCUAA